GGGGACAAAUUCAACAGUUAUUUUAAAAAUUUGGUUUCAUUUGUUUUGUUAAAAGUUAAAUAGCUCAUUAGUGUUUGUAUUGUUGUAACAGUUUCUAUUUUCAAUCAUGUCAUCUUCAAGUCUCAAUAGCUAUUCGAGUUAUGGCGGGUCAACAAGCAAGAAAACUCCAAAACGGAUAACUCGCGAAAAUGAUAUCGAUAAGGUGGAAAAAAUCAAAACACAGCUUGAUUCUUUGAAAAUUGAACUCGACACUUAUAAAGCUAACUUGGCACCUGAAGUGAAUCUAGAGGAUUAUAGAUUGGAUAACCACGAAGCUCGAAAACUGAUGACAACUCUGGAAAGUUUUGCAAAUGAACUAUCUUCCAAAUUAAGUGUUAUGAAGCAAUUAUCAACUGUUCCUAAAGAUCAGCCAUCUUUGGUAAUUGACGAUGAAGCCUUGGCUGAAGCAAAAAGAACAGUAGAAGACGCCAAAUGUAUUUUGGAAAAUUUAAGAGUUACGGGAAGAGCGGAAUAAAAUCAAAGUGGAUGGCUGUUAAUAUGAAUAAUGAUUGUAAUUUUCUUUUUUAUGAUUCAAAAUAACUGACUUGAUUCACACUAAAAGUCCUUAAUACACUUUUUAUCUUGCUUUAACGAACAAGUGGGAAAGAUAAAUUUGCACAAAUAUCUGCAUUAGACAGAUCAAUUGAAUACUCAAAUAUAUUCUUUAUAAACAUUUUCUUCAUUUCA